AUAUACCAUGCCUAUUUUAACCCUUUACAGUGUUGAUGCUGUAUUUAACAUCACAGCGACAUGCAGGCCCUUCCCCGAUGGGCGUGCGUAAAUGGCACUAGCCCGCUCUGAGUACAACUCCCCUAAAAAACAGAAAAAGAGGAAAUGAACGCUCGCCCAAUCAGAAUUGUUCCAAAACUUGUCAGCGAAGUUUUUCUCCCCCUCCGGAUACAGCGUGUGUGUCUCAUACCGUUUUGAUCCAUUUGUGUCGCUGGUGGUUCUGCUGGAACGCACAGCGGGAGUCGCAUUGUCUGUAUGCAAACUGGACGACAUGGCCAUUGUAUGCGUUUGGGCAUAUAUGGAGUCACCGAUAGCUCGGAGGAUACAGCCUGUCUGAAGUCUAAGGAAGAGACGUCGUCGGUUGUGUUCUGUGUGUCUCUGUCCUCCGACUUUCUCUAAGCUCUCUGCUCUGUCGCUAUGAGUUGCCUGGAUGUGAUGUACCACCAAAGCUAUGGAGCGCACUACCUCCCUGCAGCGACGUACUAUAACCACCAUCAGCAGCAACAACAGAGGAAGCUGAGUGUUUACAGUAAGAUGCAGGGGUGUAUGGAGCAGCAGCAACAAGGAGGAAGAAGAAGGAUGCUAACCAGGGACCAGGGUCCUCAGCAGGCUUCUGGAAGCGAGUUAAAUCACAGAUCAACAUCUGAUGCUGAUAUGAAAGAUGGCACUCAACCAGCAGAGACAGAAUACUUGAGCUCCCGAUGCGUUUUGUUCACGUAUUUUCAAGGCGACAUCGGGGAUGUUGUAGAUGAGCAUUUCACGCGGGCUCUCAAACAGACAGGCACCUUCAACAGUGAAACCAGGCUGCUCAGAGUGACUCAGUCAUCUGCUUCAGAGACUGCCAGCUUAUGGAAAGAUGGCGGGUCUCUCUCUGAGGGUCAGAGCAGCUCAGUUUGGAGCAGCACCUAUCCAUCACACACUGGUUCCUGCCUCCCAUCUGUCUCGGCUCCAGUCCACCCAGACUUUUCCCACAGCCCUGUUUCCUUCAACCACCCCGACGGAGCUCUGUGGGCCGGCCAUGUGCUCUCCCAGGCCAGUUUACCACCUCCAACUACCCUCCCAGACAGCUGGACCUACAGCCUGAGCCCCCAGGGCAUGAGUGGAUAUCACAAUGUCCAUGACAUCUACCAUCCUCACCCACACAUCCAUUCCCGGCACCACCACCCAGUGCUCCAUUCAUGCCCAACCCACAGUCCCUCACUGGAUUCCAGGUUUAAUCCUCUGCUACUGCCUGGUGUUAGGAACCAGGGCCAGCCUGCUGCCAGCACAGGGAGUUCCCCAAACAGUGAGGGGGUGAGGACGGAGAUGGAUCCCAGCAGCAACAGCCCUGUCACCUGGACCCCCUCAGCCUUACAUGGAUCUUUGGAGGUGUAUGACUCAGCACUUGAUCAGACCAAAGCAAAGACAUCAGUUUGGUUCUAGGAGAUGUACUUACAAAAGCAUGGAAAAUCAGAACCUACAACCUUGCAAAAAGAACCUACUGUGUGGCUUUAUCAAUGUAUUACUGCAGCAUCAGCACAGUGCUGUAAAAUUUAGUCAUAGAAUGCUAAAUGUCCUGCACUGUCCUCACAACUUUUUAUGGAGAUGAACUCAGGCUUUGGACUUAAAUGACAAUGAGCUGAUGCUUUGGCUGCAGGUCAAGGCCUUUGAAGACUGAUUAAACCAGACUACUAGCUUUACCAGUGGGGGGCCUCUUCUUCUCCAUCAGCACAAAACACUAUUUCCUUUGGAUGCAAUGUGAGACCAAGAGGUUCUGUUUCAAGAGCUUGAUUUUGAUCCACAUUUUGUUUUGUACACUAAAAGUUUGCUGAUGACUGUAAAUGCGUGUGUGUGUGUGUGUGUGUGUGUGUGUGGCUACAGUUUUGCCAUAAUAAGUUGCUGUUUGCUGGAUGAGUGCUAAUGUCACUUUGAGUUUUUUUUUUUUUUUUGCUUUUGUGAAAAGUGUAAUAUAAAUAUUGGUACAGUAUGUUUAAGUAAUAAAUUUGUCCAACUGUAUCUGUAAAUGAAGGUUCUUCCACCAGCACUGCUUUAAUUAAAUCCCAAAAUAUGCAUGGAAAACCAGCACAAUAUACAUUUCCAGCUAUAUUCUUUACUGGGCAGAUCACUGAAAAUUAUAUUCUUCUUAUUCUUGGCUACUAAUUCAAAGAAACU